AUGGCAGACCAGCAGCAGCCGCAGCCGAAGGAGAUGAACAUCGUCCAUGCCGGUGGCCUCAACCUGCCUCUAGGGUUCCGCUUCCAUCCAAGUGACUUUGAGAUUGUCAAUGACUACCUCACGAACAAGGCCGGGGAGGCAAAAAUGACCGAGAAAGAGUGGUACUUCUUCUCACACAAGGACUACAAGUACCCGACGGGGCUAAGAGCGAAUAGGGUCACGGAAGCUGGUUAUUGGAAGGCGACCGGCAAGCUCAUCGGCAUGAAGAAGACGCUUGUCUUCUACGAAGGCAUGGCUCCCAAGGGCAACAAAACGAACUGGGUGAUGCACGAGUAUAGGCUCGAAGGCAGCGCCAGGCUCCCUGGCCCCACAUCCGCAUCUAGCUCAGCCACUAACACCACCACGGCUAUGGAAGCUUCAGCUUCAGCUUCCAAGGAUGAGUGGGUGGUCUGUCAUGUGUUCCACAAGACCACUAGGAUCGGGAAGACGACUGCACCGGCGUACCAAGUGGCCAUGGCCGGUGCUGAGAUUGAUCAGAAUCAGAACAACAUCCUGGCCAUGCCCAUCCCUAUGCCGCUGCAGCUACCACAACCCAUGCCCAUGCCAAUGCAAUUUCCCAUCCUGCCAGACUUCGCCAUGGAUAUAGUGCCCCCCUGCUACCCCAACCCCAACGCUGGAGUGGGGAUGCCACUGGUGCUGCCGCCUAUGGCAAGUAUCAGUGGCGCUGAUGGGCUUCAGAUCAAUGGUGCCCUGUUCGGCAAUCCGAUGGUUGUGCCGCCGCCGAUGAACUUCUACCACCAGAUGGGCAUAGGGGUAGCCGCUGGUUAG